CUGCUGUUUCCCUAAUUAUCCAACCUCGCAGACUUCAAUGAUUCUUUUCAACUUCUCUGCCAUUUUUUAAUCUCAGAUGACUUGCUAUAAAUCAUGACAUUCUUCACAUUUUCACUAUAUCCUGGACUAAGUAAAUCCAAUGACUUCUCUGUUCUUCAUAGCGGCUCUUUUUCUAGCUGCUGCAGCAUCAUUAGUUACUUGCUGCCCGCCUUCAGACAGGGCAGCAUUGCUGGCCUUGAAAGCUUCCCUGCACGAACCAUUCGUCGGGAUUUUCAAGUCGUGGACGGGCAACGACUGCUGUCGUAACUGGUAUGGAGUUACCUGCGACCCUAACAAUGCUCGUGUGACAUAUAUUAAUCUUCGAGGCCAAUCAGAAGAUCCAAUUUUCCACAAGGCUAACCGGACUGCUUACAUGUCUGGAACUAUUUCCCCUGCUUUGUGUCAAUUAACUUGGCUCUCAAGCAUUAUUAUUGCAGAUUGGAAAGGCAUUUCCGGCUUCAUCCCGAACUGCAUUUCGUAUCUCCCAAAUCUCCGAAUACUCGACCUCUUCGGUAACAAACUGACCGGCCAGGUCCCCAGACACAUCGGCCAUCUCAAACGCCUCAAAAUUUUAGAUUUAGCCGACAAUGAAUUAUCAGGUUGGUUGCCUAAUUCGAUAUCAAAUUUAUCUUCUCUAACACAUCUAGAUCUCCGAAACAACCAGAUUUCGGGUGCAUUGCCCCGAAACCUAGGAAAUCUCAGAAUGAUGAGCCGGGCCCUACUGAGCCGGAACCAGAUCACCGGUCCCAUCCCAAACUCCUUAUCAAAAAUCUACCGACUCUCCGAAUUAGACCUCUCGUUGAAUCAAAUCUCGGGCUCCAUCCCGCGGUCCCUCGGCAAAAUGCGAGUCCUCGCAACACUAAAUCUCGAUGGAAAUAAAUUAUCAGGGAAGAUACCAUCAAAAUUACUACACUCAAGUGUGAGUAUUUUGAAUCUGAGCAAGAAUUCCCUUGACGGUACCAUUCCCGAUGUGUUCGGACCGAGAUCGUAUUUGACAUCAAUAGAUUUGUCGUACAAUGAGUUGAAAGGUCCGAUUCCGAAAUCGAUAAGUGAUGCGAGUUACGUGGGGCAUUUGGAUGUGAGUCAUAAUCACUUGUGUGGGGCGAUUCCGGCUGGGUCACCGUUUGAUCGUCUUGAUGCGUCGUCGUUUUCUAGCAACGAUUGUCUGUGUGGGAAGCCGCUUAGAGCUUGUUAGACAUUUUAAGUUGAAGCUAGCUAGCUCAAGAAGCGUGGAUGUUUAUGGAUUACACAUACAUGGUAAAUGAUUAAUUAGUUUAAUUUAUGUUUUGUUAUUAUUAGUGCAUGCAGCUUGUUAUGCUCGAAUCUGUACCCAUUUGGCCAUUUUCUGUAUCUGUGGAUUCUGUUUUUAUAAA